AUGGAUGAUAAAUGCUCUGGAAUGGAAAUGAUGCUCUCAGCGGUUGCCACCCCAAUCGAAGAUGAUGAUUGGCAGCUAACGGGAACUCGAGAUCCUUUGAAAGAAGAAGCUUUGGAUUCUGCUGCUCAGUCUCCGUCUUCCUCUCUUUUCGAUGAUUUCGACGAUUCGUCCUCUUCUUCGUUGUCUAGUCCAUCAUUUCAAUGUGACUCAGGAAGCAACUCGCUGUCAUCAUUUGAUAUGAUGAUGAACAUGUUUCUUGAUCCAACAUCGUCUUGUGGCGCUGCGAACGCGACGAAGCCGGAACGAUCGGUGCGGAAAAGUAUAGUAGUUCGGCGGCGCACUCGCGAGUGCUCGAUGGUCUGCUGGCUGUUCCGUACACUACUCACCUCCGAGUACCGUGCGUUGCCAAUCAACGCCAUCUACGAAAUAUUUGAAGAUACGAUCCAAAGCGAGUCAAAUGGACAUGGUCGACAUUAUCGGCAAUCCAUUAGGCAUUCGCUAAUGACCUCAGCAGUUUUUGUACGAGUUCUGACCCCAAAUCCGAGAAAGGACUUUCUGGUUAUGAAUGAGCAAGGCUCGUGGUGGACCGUGCAUCCCGAUUGCGAAGUGGCAUGUGCUGAGAGUGUCUUCUGCACUGGCUCGAGUCAUCGCUGUCCGCCAAACGCCUCAAUUCCUGCAUAUUUUUCGGGAUUGCGGAAAGAGGAGGCAAAAUCAGCUGGAGCAAUUCGACAGUCACACGGCUUAAAUUCUGAAAUGUCUUCUACGACAAGUUCCUCGGCUUCUUCAGCUGCUUCUACUCCGACUGGAAUGGUUCCCGUACGAAGAUUUGAUCCAAUUCGCAGAGUUACCUAUGGUCAAAAGAUGUUUGCUGGAAGAACCGUUUAUAAAAGAUUAGGUAGUACUGCGAUGCCCAUAACGUCGUCACCUUGCUCAGUGUCGCCACCUCCUAAUAUGGAACUAUUAAAUCCCCGUUCAAUUCUUCUUAACGACAUUGCAAUUGAUCAUGAAGAAGAAGUUGCUUAA